UUUUAAAAUAAUAACUAAAUUUCAAUUUAAGCUAAAUCGGUAGACAUUCUCAAAUGAAUUAUGUAUUGAGAAAUUAUGCAAAGUUAAGUCAUUUCAAUUAUGAUCAACACGGAAAGGACUGGAAAGUAAACGGUGGCAAGCAACAAUCGCCUAUUUCUUUGAUUAAAGACAAAGCUGUUUGGUCCAAGGCUCCAAAGUUAAGCUUUCUUAACUAUAACAAGACACUUUCCGGCCCUCUAAAAGUAAUCAACAAUGGACAUACCUUGACAAUGGCAAUACCACCUAUAGAUGAUGGAGGCCAACCAGCUGUUUGUGGAUGUAAGCUGAAAAGCAUAUACAAAGCUGUGCAGCUACAUUUUCAUUGGGGUUCACUAAAAAACAAAGGCUCUGAGCACACCAUUAACUCCCAGCGAUAUGAUGGCGAACUGCAUAUUCUUCACCAGAAUAGUGCAUACAAAGAGCAAAAGGACGCCAUUCGCUUUUCCGAUGGCUUCGUGGUAUUGGCAGUAAUGUUGAAAAUUGUACAGAGCCCCACACUUCAGCCACGGGCCUUAAAUAAACUUUGUAGUGAGGCGGCUAUGAUCAGAGACUUUAAUAAAGCUUCAACAUUCAAUGGUAAUUUUACCUUAAGAGAUAUUUUAACUGGUAUAGAAAGGCGAGAGUUUUUUACCUAUAAGGGCUCGCUUACAACACCACCUUGCUCUGAGGUCGUCAAUUGGUUUGUCUUCCCAAAACAUAUUGAAAUAUCAAAAAAAUAUUUACGAAACCUGUGGCUGUUGACAGACGACCGUGGAAAGCCUCUGGUAAACAAUUAUCGUAAUUUACAACUUAUAUACAAUCGGACUGUGUAUUAUCGAUGUGAAAAGGCUUCCUAAUACUGCACAAUACUUUAAAUACAACUAACGGCUACUCUGAUGCUCAUCGGUGGUUGCAGCAAGUUGCAUCAACAAUUAUCGAUUUAAAAAAGCAUCGUUAAUGCAUUAAACUGGAAUGGUACCACAACUUUUUCUUCAAUUCGAUUGUACUUACAUUAGAAACGUCUUUUGAAUAAUACAUAUAAAAUAUUU